GAACUUAUCAGUGUGACAUCCAGCGGAAGUAAACAACACAAGCGCCUGUAUCGUCAGCUGCUCGCACGUGUGGAGCUGGCUGUAAAAAACGAUAUUGUAGACGUUGCGGAGGUAAUUAUUCCAACAAUGUCCUCAGUUGAGUCUUUGAGAGAGUUUGUCACCGAGCGACUCACUGCCGCUGCUCAAGAAAUAUUCGGAGUCUUUGAAAAAACUAUCUUCCAGUACGAGGAAGAGGUCGACCGUCAGCGCAGACUGCUGGAUGUCGUUUGGAAACCUGCAAUAAAGCUACACAGGAUAGAGCUCCCAAAGCAACAUGUCUGUGAGGAGGAGGAGGUUCUCUCUGACCAGCAGCUCUGUGUUCAGGAGAGGAACUCCAGUCUGGACCAAGAGGACCCAGAGCCUCCACAGGUUAAAGAGGAACAGGAGGAACCCUGCACCAGUCAGGAGGGAGAGCAGCUUGAACUGAAGCAGGAGACUGAGACCUUUGUGUUGACUCCUAGUGAUGAGGAAAGUGACCACAGUAAAGAUCAGACUCUGAACAUGAGUAACGAUGAAAAUCAGAGUAUGGUGGAAGAAACACCUCUAGGCUACACUUCAGUUGAAAGCUCUGUAGUACCGGAACCAAACGAGGACCACCAGCUCCUCUCACACAACUCUCAUGCAGAUAAAGCCAAGAUC